AGUCCUCAAACAGAACUUACUUCUCUGUCAGCUGUGGAUGUCAGUCCCCAUCCCUUCUUCCUGCCUCUUCUCUCGGAUUUUGGAGUUGAGCACCAUGGGAACUCCAAAUGAUCAGGCCGUGUUGCAGGCCAUCUUCAACCCUGAUACCCCAUUUGGAGACGUUGCUGGGUUGGACCUGGGAGAGGAGGCAGUGGAGGAGGAAGUAGAAGACAGAGUUUUCCCUCAAGAACAGCUGGAGCAGUCCAAGGUGCUGGAGUUGCAGGGGGUGAUGGCCGCAGAGGCUGGGGACCUCAGCACAGCCCUGGAGAGGUUUGGCCAAGCCAUCUGCCUGCUGCCUGAGAGGGCCUCAGCCUACAACAACCGUGCCCAGGCCCGGCGAAUCCAGGGAGAUGUGACAGGCGCCCUGGAGGACCUGGAGCGCGCGGUGUCUCUGAGCGGCGGCCAGGGCCGCGUCGCCCGCCAGAGCUUCGUGCAGCGCGGGCUCCUGGCGCGGCUGCAGGGCCGGGACGACGACGCCCGCAGGGACUUCGAGCGCGCGGCGCGGCUGGGCAGCCCGUUCGCGCGGCGCCAGCUGGUGCUGCUCAACCCCUACGCCGCGCUGUGCAACCGCAUGCUGGCCGACAUGAUGGGGCAGCUGCGCGGCCCCCGCAACGGGCGCUGAGCGCGGGGGCGCCGGGGGGGCAGCGGGCGGAGGGGCG